AUGACCGCCAAGUCCGAGUCUUCACGCACUUGGUGCCCUCAAGUCCGCGAGAAGACCCUCCUAGAGGCCCUCAAGAGAGCCCAAGCUGCCCUCGAGAAGUCCCGGGUGACCCUUGAGGAAGCCCGUAUUGCUUGCGACAAAGAUCGUGUUGCUGUUGAGGAAGCCCUCGAUACCCUCAAAAAAGCCUGUAGCUCGAAAACAAGCGUCCAGACUGGAAAAGCCAACAAAAUCCCAAAUGAGAACGAGAAACAGGAAGACGUCCGCAAGCAAAGAGCCUCAAAGACGGAAAUCCCCAUGCGAAAGACCGUGAAGAAGGAGAUUGCGAAGAAGGGUGUUCCUACCAGGGCGAUAUCGAAAAAAGUCAAUCGUGGAGAAGAAGGUCGCCAGGAAGCGAGACGACGCCUAAGCCUCCCCGGUUAG